UCCGUUCAUCCUUAGAUAACCCAAGUGGCACACGUACAAGAUCAACUGGGUCAAUCAAUCGUCCAACAUGCGUCCAACCACUUUCUUCCUCGCAGCUUUGACUGCCAUAUCCACAACUGUCGCCACAGUCGACAUUUCCAAUCUCCGUCAAGAACUGCAAAACUGUAUGACGGGCAAUCACCAUGUGGGCUUCCCUUACCUCGACCCCUUCCACUGGGAAGACUGCUCAUACAAAGAUUUUUGCAAAUCACACGGCAAAAUGAGAUCAUGGUGGAAAAACUCGGUGUUUCCUUGCGUGUGCAGGAACAACCGCUUUUCUGAGGUGGAUAAUGUGGUCGUAUGGAACAAUUGGAAGGACUGGAUGGAUGCGACGUGCAACAAUCAUGACAUCGGAAGUGCAAGUUCGCGUACAAAGAUGUGUUGAGACAUAUUCUACGGUAGAGUAGAUGUUCGAAUCAGUAUCGAUCUCUGAGCUUGCCAAGUUGUCUUGAAGAACGCCUAUCAAAAGGCAAAAUGGUUUCCAAUGGAAAUGCAAUGUCCAGAGGGAGCUAAAAGGGAUACAUGUUCUCAU